AUGCAGGUGGACCGUAUGGUCCCUGCGGGUACGGCGCUGGCUGCUGAGGGCCAUACUGGGGCUGUUGCUGUGGUCCAUUUGGCUGGUAAACUUGAGGAGCAUAAUUUGGAUGAUAGUUCUGAACAGACAAUGGAGCGGGAUGGGGGGGUUGCUGGUGCUGAACUUGAUGAUGCUGCUGCUGGAGCUGAGGCUCAUUUCCGCGCCACUGUUGCGGUGGAGGAUAGCCACUGGCAGGAGCUGGCGGUCCAGCGUACUGGCCACCUUGUUGCCCAUAGCCACCAACUGGUGCAGGUGGUCCAUUGUAACCUCCUGCAUGUGGAGGGUAUUGAGAGUUUUGAAAUUCACCAUGACCGCCUUGGCCACCCUGGUUGA